GGGGAGAGGGAUUUGUUUUGAUUUUGAUAAUUUUCUAAAUUGCAAAAUUAAAAGAUGACACGAUCUUUCUAAUUUUUAAACAUAAGAAUAACCUUUGUGACAAUCUAAGAUGUCUACAAGGGCAACAGUAAUAUUUAUUUUUACAAUAUUUAUAGCAAAUGCUUUAUGUGCUGAUAACUCAAAUAGAAAUAUCAAGCAAAAUCCUUGGCAGAAUUUGAACAAUUCAAGUUAUAAUUAUAAUACUCAGAACAAAAAUUUUGUCACACCAUGGCCAGCAUUGGGUGGUCAGAGAAACCAACAGAACAAUUUGCAAAGUACUAGGGUACCCCAGUGGGUUCGUCCAAAUAAUGGGCCAAAUUGGGUGAGAAAUACUUCACCAAGUAACUCUCAGUUAAGUAACCAAAACAAUAAUGUACCAGUUCAAAAUUUUAGACCAGUUUCACAAAAUUCUAAUACAUAUAACCAACAAAGAUAUAACAGUGCAAGGGAACAAAAUGUGAAUUAUCCUAGGUUUGAUAGUAGUGUAAAUAGAGCAAACCAAAAUACAUAUAAUCAGAGGGGUAGUUAUGUGAGACCUACUGGAGUAAAUACUGUUGUUUCUUCAGGGUCUUUCCUAACGGGUUCAGAAGAUGCUAGACGAACUAACCAAGGAUCUAGUCCUAGUUCUAAUAUAGAAGUUGAUGAUAAUGAAUUGCGUCAAUUCUCAGAAGAUCUGUUAAAUAAAGAUACUAUUAAUAAUGCUGCUCAGUACAUUACUAUUAAUUGGCAAGGCCUUACCACUUCAAGAUCAACUAGAGAUGAAGCUCCUUUGCAGCUUUUGUCUGUAAGUCCCGCAGCAUAUUCAUUGUCUACAGUCUCAAAACUUUUACCUUUAUAUGAUAACUACAUUUUGGAAGCAAACAAAAAUGAAGUUUCUACACAACAAGAGAAAAAUGAAGAGAGAGAUCUGUUGAAUGACAUAGUUCAAACUCCUGUGAUGCAAUAUACAAGGAAUUUUCUCAUGAGUAAAGGAAAAAUAGGAAGAGAUGUCCAAGAAUUUAAGGACCUCUUGAAUCUUAUCUGGUUUAGUAUGUAUUCAAGGCAAGGAGGAAAGAUAGGUUCAAGCGCAUUUGAACAUGUCUUUUUGGCAGAGAUAAAAAACAACCAAGUCUCUGGAUUACAUAACUGGGUGUAUUUCAAUGAAGAAGAGAACAAGAAUCAUGCUAAUUAUUUGGGUUAUAUGAAGAAAAUCGAUUUGGGCGGCAAAGGACAUAUAGUUAAAUUCCAUUUUACUCUCAAUGGUGUAGAUAAACCAGUAAACUCCAUGUUUAUUGGUACCAGCCCUGAAUUCGAAAUGGCUUUAUAUUCGACCUGUUUUAUCCUGAGACCUGACAGAGUAUGUCCUCUAAAGUUGAAUGGAAAUCGUUUUAUUAUACGGACUUACACAUUCAGAUACCGAGGAAAGAAUUUGAUUGGAAGUGCAUUCCCAGAGAUUUAAUUUCGUGAUAUAUUGUUUUAUUAUUUUUUAUUAAUAAAGAAUAAAAGUUUAUAUAA